UCCAUUCUCAUUCAAUAUAAAUAAUGAAGAAGAAGAACACGGAAGAAGCCACAGAAGUCACCCUGCAGCAAAGACAGACCAUGCAUGAAUAAACGACACUGAAUAACAGACAGCCAUGUCUGCAGGUUGUAUGAGGUGGGUGCUCAGCCGUACGGUGCGAGCUGUGUGUGCUCAAAGCCCUGUCUACAGGAUACCAGCAUAUAGACUGACCAUAUGCAGUGAAAAAUAUAACAUCCCUGCCUCCUCUUGGAGAUGUUCUCCAUUCUCCACUGAUGUAGACAACACAGAACAGACUCCUGCGCCGAAGAAAAAAAAGCAAAACCCGAGCGCAAAUGCCACAAUCUCCUCUGUUGGACGCAAGAUCCCUCAUCGAGAGAUACAGGUGAUAAGUGACACAGGGGAAAAUAUGGGCACCAUGCACCGGGCAGAUGUGAUCAGGAUAAUGGACCAGCAGGGGCUCAAACUAGUGCUGUUCAAUGAAAACAAAGAGCCUCCCAUCUACAGGCUGAUGAGCGGGAAACAGAUCCACGAAGAGCAGCUGAAACUGCGAGACAAACAGAAAGGAAAAGCAGCUCCUGUACAAGUAAAAGAGCUCACCUUUUCUUCUGGCAUGGCCACCCAUGACCUUAGCACAAAGCUGAGACAAGUGGAGAGUUUUCUGAAGAAGAAGCACCACGUUAGAAUCACGCUGCGGUCGGGACGAGGGCAUCCUGCAGGCGACAUGGAGACGUCUCUAGAACAGAUUAUCCAACAAAUAGAGAUGAUGGUCGGAUUUGUCUCAAAGCCAAAAGCCAUACGAGACGGUCAAGCGGCCAUGUGCAUCCUGCGACCGCCGUCAGCAAAGGAACUGGCUCAACAUGAGAAAAACAAAGCUGCAGCAUCGCAGUCUAACAAUGCAAGUUUAAAAGCUUCUCAGAACAAAAUCUCGCCUGUUAAUAACACUGACACAACAGAUGGAUCUAUGCAACAGUGAGAUGAUGGAAAUAAAAGAUUUUCAUAAAAACUG